AUCAAGCACCUAGGCAUGCAGACUGCUUCUACAAACAUUUGUGAAAGAAUGGGUCGCUCUCAGGAGCUCAGUGAAUUCAAGUGUGGUACCGUGAUAGGUUGCCACCUGUGCAAUAAGUCCAUCCGUAAAAUUUCGUUGCUACAAAAUAUUCCUCGGUCAACUAUUAGUGAUAUUAUAACAAAGUGGCAGCAACUGGGAACAACAGCAACUCGUCCACCAAGUUGUAGGGCAUGUAAAAUGACAGAGCAGGUUCAGCACAUGCUGAAGUGCACAGUGUGCAGAGACCACCAACUAUCUGCAGAGUCAAAAGCUAAAUGCCUUCAAACCUAAUAUGGCCUUCAGAUUAGCACAAAAGUGCAUAGAGAGCUUCAUGGAAUGGGUUUCCAUGGCCUAGCAGCUCCAUCCAAGCCUUACAUCACCAAGUGCAAUUCAAAGCAUCAGAUGCAGUGGUGUAAAGCCUGUCGCCACUGGACUCUAGAAAUGUACUUGCCUGACUGUAUUGUUCCAAGUGUAAUGUU